AUGUCCGGCUUGCUCCAAAGAAUAAAAAGAGCAAGCUCCUCCUCAUAUGUUAGUGAGCGGAAGCUGGUGUUUAAGAUUGAUUGGUUCAUUUUGUCCUACUGUUGUAUUUCGUACUUCAUCAAUUAUCUCGAUCGUUCAUCCAUUAAUAAUGCGUAUCUUUCAGGAAUGAAGGAGGACUUGCACAUGUACAGCAAUGAGCUGCAGCAGAUUAACAUGGUUUUCACCUGUGGUUAUAUCAUUGGACAAUUACCAGGAUCAUAUGCUCUACAGAUUCUUCCUCCGCGAAUUUGGUUCCCGUUGAUGAACUUGCUUUGGGGAAUAAUGACCAUCUUUUCCUUUGCAGCUCAUUCAGUAAAGUCAAUGAUGAUACUCCGUUUCUUCAUGGCAUUAGCAGAAGCCUCAACAUUUGCUGGAACACACUACAUUCUCGGUGCCUGGUACAAAGACACGGAGUUGUGUAAACGUGCAGGUAUAUUUUCUAUGUCUGGUUUGGUGGGUACAAUGUUUGCUGGUUAUCUUCAGACCGCAGUUCAUCACUCGUUAGACGGAAAACGUGGAUUGGCAGGCUGGAGAUGGCUGUUUAUUGUUGAUGGUUUGUUGACCAUUCCACUUGCUCUUUACGGAUUCUUCUUGUUCCCGGAUGUCCCAGAGACGACGAAGGCACCGUACUUCUCUCAACAAGAGCGUGAGCUCGCACUAAAACGUCUUCCCGCAAAACCUGCGAAGAAGCCAUUGACAUUGGGUUCUUUUAAGUCUAUAGUAUGCUCCUGGAGAAUUUACGGUUUGUGCCUCUUGUGGAUGGUGAGCGGUGAAACACAGGCCAUCGCUGUUAACGUGUUGAUGGGUCAAUGGAUGAAAUGGAGCAAUCGUUUCUCGGUUGCCCAAGUGAACAAUUACCCAACUGUAAUUACGGCAGUUGGUGUUAUUUCCACCAUGGUAUCAAGCAUUAUUGCAGAUAAACUGCAUGGCCGUGCGCGUUGGCCAUUUGGUUUUUUCUUGUGUGCAGUGGUUUCCACAUCUGCGAGUAUAUUGCUUGCAUGGAAUGUUUCGGACGGAGUAAAGUUCUUCGCUUACUUUCUCUCUGGUGCUACAUAUGCUGGUCAAGCAAUUUGGUUCUCUUGGGCGAAUGACAUUUGUCGCGACAAUGACCAAGAGCGCGGAGUUGUCGUCUUCUGUAUGAAUAUGGUUCAAAACAUAUGGCACGUUUGGUGGGCUCUUGUCAUGUAUCCUAACACAGACACUCCUCGAUUUAUUAAAGGUUAUAUCGGUUUGUUAGUGAUGGGCGGCACCGUAUUCAUCAUGUCCAUCAUCGUGAGCAUACUCCAAAAACGUGACAAGCGCAGAAAGCGCGAGGCUCAGGAUCAAAAGGAAAGUGUUGAAAUGCACUCAAUUUCUGAGAUUGAUAGCGUUUCAUCGUCCUCUCUCAAAUUAUCUCAAAAAGACGUUAUAACAAGUGUUGCACCAACACUUAAACGGCAGCGCGUUCCCAAGUUGCUCAGCUCUUUCAUCCACUACCAAAAGUUAUGGCUCAGUCGGAUUUAG